CGCUGGUCUAGUGGACAGCUCCCUGGUGCUGAAGUCUCUCCACCAAAGAAGCUCAGCUCAGCACAGCUCAGCUCAGCACAGAUCAGCUCAGCACAGAUCAGCUCAGCUCAGCCACCGACGACCCGAGAUAAUGUCCCGUCCCAUCUCUUGCGGCUCUUUUUCCAUCCGGCUCCUCUUCCUCCUGACGCUGGGAGCCUCAGCCCAGACGGAUUUCGGCCAAACCCGUUUCAUCUGCACCUCCAUCCCGGUGGACAUGGACCCCAUGUGCUCGGCGCCCAUGCAGAACAGCGGGCCGGCCGACGACAUCAAGGGGACCAUCAUGCAGCUCCGGGAGACCAUCCUACAGCAGAAGGAGACCAUCAUGAACCAGAAGGAGACCAUCAGGGAACUGACUGCCAAGCUGAACAGAUGCGAGAGCCAGAGCGCCCCAGAGCCACCGGUGAGUUUGAGCGGGACAGCCGUACAGGGUGACCCAAACCCCAACCCAAAGUCAAAGUCAUUUGGAGCCUUAAGCCAACUUGGACAAACUUUACAAUUGCUCAAAUCACGCCUGGAGACAUUAGAGCAAUACGGUCGGGGAAACACAUCCUCACAGUCCAACAGCCUGAAGGACCUUCUGCAGAACAAGAUCGAGGACCUGGAGAGGCAGGUUCUGUCCCGAGUCAACAGCCUGGAAGACACCAAGAACCUGGUGAAAAACGAAUCGACGGAAAAUCGGGGUAAAAUCGAGAGUGCAUUAAACUCGCUCCACCAGCGGAUCAGUGACUUAGAGAAAGGGCAAAAAAAUUCCAGGCCGACCAAUAAAUUCCAGAUCACCUUCCCCCUGAGGACCAACUACAUGUAUGCCAAGGUGAAGAAGAGCCUGCCUGAGAUGUAUGCUAUGACAGUUUGCCUGUGGCUCAAGUCCAACGCCUCCCCAGGGGUGGGAACCCCUUUCUCUUACGCUAUCCCGGGUCAGCCGAAUGAGCUGGUACUCAUUGAAUGGGGCAACAAUCCAAUGGAGAUCCUGAUCAAUGACAAGGUGGCCAAACUGCCUUUCGUUAUCAAUGAUGGGAAAUGGCAUCACAUCUGCGUAACCUGGUCCACCAGGGAUGGCGUGUGGGAAGCUUAUCAGGACGGACUGCAGCGAGGCAAUGGGGAGAACCUGGCCCCCUGGCACCCCAUCAAACCUGGCGGAGUUCUCAUUCUGGGGCAAGAACAGGAUUCAUUAGGAGGUGGAUUCGAUGCCACUCAAGCCUUUGUGGGCGAGAUGUCCCAUUUUCACAUGUGGGACCGAGUCCUGACCCCAGGAGAGAUCUACAGCCUGGCAAACUGCAGUUCCAAGACCCUGGUAGGAAAUGUCAUUGCAUGGACUGAAGCCAAUGUGGACAUCUUCGGAGGUGCCACCAAGUGGACUUUUGAAGCGUGUCGUCAGAUCAACUGAAGACUUGAAUGGGAUUGGGGUUGGGGAGGGAAGAGGAGGGCGAGAGAAAGGAGGAGGGAGGAAAGCGAAUCCUUUCACAGCACCGAUAUCAAAAUCCAUUGUUUUUCUUCAGGAAAUCAAAACUUCCGAACGAGAAGUUUAUUGUGCAAAA